GUUCACCAGCUACUCCCCCGCAUGGGUAGACCAGGAUAUCUACCAGUCCGGUCGGAUAUGCCCUUCCACUUAUGUGCGGGGAACACCUCCGCCAAGUGGAGGCAGUUAUGGAUAAGACUUAACUGCUGGUAGAGGUGGCUAUGAACGUGUGGUUACAUGAAAGAGCAUUUCAAAAAAAGGAAUACGACGUUAAGGCAGUGGGGCUUCGUUGUUAUUUCAAUGGUAACGAUGGUCACCAGCCCACGCCACUCAGAAUGUCUGAGUUUUGGUUCCCUGCUGACUUAUUCGUAAACCUCAUCUAAUAUUUACUAGCCGGUAAUUACUUUCCAAAAGACGGAAGGAAGUUGGGCGUGAGGCUAGAAUCCCCAUCCAUCCCUCUAGGAAUAACACUGGCACUUAAGCUUUAUGUUCGAUUGAGCUCUGACGGAUAGUACGCCUAUCUGGUAUUACUAUGAGCAUAUUUCCGAGCAUUUUUAUGGCUUAAGGGAUUUAUGUCCAAGGCUGUUUGAAUAUGUAUAUCUCUGUAAUCAGAUAAUCUAUUGACUUCUCAUUUCUGCUUCUUUUAUAGCCCCAGAUUGUGUAACACUAUAUGGCUAGUUUCAACAACAACAACAAUUAUCAUAAUGCUGCUGGAAAUAAGAACACUCACAUAUGGUCAGUAGGCAUUGGUGAUGCAGAAGAUGAAUCAUAUUGGGAUGAUAGUGAUUUACUUGCUCAAUAUACUCAAAUUGAGUCAGUUGUUAAGAUUUCUUCUACUAAAGAUGAUGAACAGAAUGAAGUUGCUGAUUUUGUCGAGUCUGAAACACCCAAUGAACAGUUCACCUGUAAUCUGAACUGGAUUCCACCGUGUGUAAAUCCUCCAGAGCACCUAUUUUCUCAGUUGCCUUAUUCAAGUGAAUACAGCUCAUUCAAUGCUCAGCCGGCUUACGCAUCAUCACAGCCUGUUUUUACAACAGAAGGAGCAAAUUUUCCCAAAAUUGAUCCUAUAGCACGUGCUUGGUAUGAUGCAGGCUACCGGCUGGGUCGUUUACACGCUUUAAAAAUGAAAGCGACAUCAUCUGUGAAAGUUUCAAACUCCUGAACCCCCCUCUUUUUUUAUAUCAUCAUUAUGUUUCUUGGUUUUGCCCAAUCGGUUUUCUAUAACGCAUUUUUUGUUAAAAUUUCUUAUGAAUGCGUAUAUAUUACUGAUGUUAAAAAGAACCUCCAAUAUGUUCAUAUGCAUACUGGUGAUUCAGUAUUUUCCAUGAUGUAAAAAUUCAUAAAUUCAUAUUUUUAAAGCUGUUAGUUUGCUUUUUACCAGUUUUUUCUUCUGUUUUACAAAACAUCAGUA